AAGUGCAACUUUCAACUUUUCAAGUACCUACCUACUUUUUAAAAUUAAAUUUAUUUAUUAUUGAUGUUUAUAAAACAAUGUUUUUCUAUGAAAAUAGCUAUAAUAGAAACGGAAUAGGUAAAAUAUAUUAAUGAUGAAUGUUACAUUUACAAGCCUUGAGGCAUUAAUACUAAAAGCUACCAAUGAAUGUCUCGCUCAACCUGAUCCUGCGGCGAUAGAAGCUUUUUAUACAAUAAUGCUUGACUCGACAGACGGGCCUCAGCUUGCAGCUCAGGCUCUGGCAACCCGCAUUCAUGCUCCGAACUCUCGUGAAGCUCUUCUGGCACUAUCAAUGAUAGACCGGUGCAUGCGUAAAGGAGAUGCCAAUUUUCACGCGGAAAUCGGAAAAUUUCGUUUUCUCAAUGAAAUGAUAAAACUAGUGUCACCUAAAUAUUUAGCUGACCGUACAACUCCUGAAAUAAGAACUAGAGUUUUACAACUACUCCAUGCAUGGUCAAUUGAAUAUCCAAAAGAGAGUAAAAUUAAGGUAGCCUAUGACAUGCUGAAAAAUCAGGGUGUUAUUAAGGAAACUCCUCCUCCUUUGCCACCAGAAAAAGUUUCUAUAUCUUCAAGACCAAGAAUCAAAAGUGCUAUAUUUGAAGAUGAGAAAAAAUCCAAACUGCUACAGAAAUUGUUACAAAGCAAAAAACCUGAAGAUCUCCAACAUGCCAAUAGAUUAAUCAAGACUAUGGUAAAAGAGGAAGAAAGACGCAAUGAAGCAAAUAGCCGCAGAGCACAAGAGGUAAGUGCGGCCUUAGACAGCGCUGGUCUGCUGCGGGACAUGUUAGAGCAUUCCUCGGAAGCUUCAGCUGAUGAAGAGCAGUUGAUACAUGAGCUACAUACAAGUUGUGCAAGACUGAGACCAAUACUGCAACAUCUAGCUGCUGCUGACUCACAGGCCGAGAAUUUGAGUGACAUCUUAAAUGCCAGCGAUGUAUUAGACGAAGUAUUUGAAAAAUACAAUAGUUUUGUAAUUGAAAGAAAAAAAAGUAAAAAUAAAAAAAAUUGUGUCACUCAACCGAGUAGCGAUAGUUUGCUAGACUUUGCUGGAGCAGUUGUCAAUGAUCAAGAUCAAAAUACAAGUAAUGGAACAAAGGAUGUUGUGGCCAUCGAUGAACUCGGGGAUAUAUUCUCAAACGAUAACAGCCUCCGGAGUGAUGUAGAGCUGUUGAAGCCAGUCAAUUUGUUCAGUCAUGAUGAUGUCAAUUUGAUUGGUGUUAAACCUAAAGCAGAGGGUUGGAAUGAGUUGGAUUCUCUUGGAGAAGAACUCUUAAAGAAAUCAUUGCCUAAAAAUAUAAAAAGAAUUGAUAAUUUUAGCAAUAAACAUGCCAAAAAGAUACCAAUGAAUGCUUUAGAAAAAUCAUCUGUUGUAAAUCAAGAAAUGAAAGCUUGUAAUAAUCAUGCACUACUGGAUUUAGACUUUUUUACAAAAAAGGAAAACAGCAAACAAUUAGUCCCACAAACUUCCUCUACCACUGCUCCCAUUGAUGACAUAAUGGUUGACAUUACAGAUACAAACACAUCCAGUGUUUUAAACGAUCAGCUGAAUGCAAAUGAUCCUUUAGAUAAAAUAUUAGAUUUAGGUUUACCAUUACAAAACAUAGAUACAAAUAGCAUUCCAAAUAAAGAGAUUAAAGUAAUGAGUGAUAAUGUUAGUUCUGUGAAAGUUAAAAAUGAAAUGAAACCAUUGACAGAUAUAAAUGUCACAUUAGAUAGUGUUCAUCCAAGCAAAGUGUCUCCGUUAGUCGCGUUUGAAGAAGAGGAAGGAGUAACAGUUGUCUUACAUUUCUGUAAGGAUAAACCAAGGACGGAUGUAAAUGUACUGGUGGUAUCUACCACCAGUAAACGGACGUCGGCAAUUGAGGAUUAUAAAUUCCAUGCUGUUGUACCUAAGGGUUGCAAGGUUCGCCUUCUGACUGCAUCGAGUACCUCGCUCCCCCCGUUUAACCCUUUCCUCCCUCCACCAGCUCUCACUCAGGUGAUGUUGAUAGCCAGGCCACCGGCCAUCAAGCAGAUCAACCUCAAGUUUGUCAUCACCUACACCUGCGAUGACGACGUUUGCUCGGAAAUGGGUGAAGUUACACAGCUACCCCUUGAUGAUGUGUAGAUGGUUGUACUUAUAUAAUAUUGCUUUGAUUAAUAUUACCGAGCAUGUUCCAGUUAGAUGGCCAGUACGCAUAUUACGUCUUCUUUAAAUCUCAGAGUGACGAACACAUAUCUGUGUGACAAGGUGUACGUGGUUUACUACACCUUUGUUCGUACUUUAUUGCGUUUCGACUCAGAUCAUAUUGUCUAACAUCUGAUAUAGUUUAACAUAAGGCCAACUGCUUGAUACGCACUUAUAGUCAAAAAAUUAUACAACCUUUCAUUAUCAUUCAUUUUGAAAUCCAGUAUAAGUCAUUUUUCCAUUGUAUGUGGUGGUAAGUUGCCGCAAUAAGACGCCCAAAUUGGUCCUAUUUUGAGUGCAGGAUUAGCUGGUUAUACCUUCCAGAAUUUCAGAAUCUACCUGGAAUGUCCGUAGACUCUUUGGAGAGACCUCGUUAUCCCAUGGAUUUGUGCUGUUGGUAGGGUACCCCUGUAGGUAUAUUCCAGAAUUACGUGAGCAACUAUUUCAUCUUCGACCAGACAACCUAUGCAUUCAUAGCUGCCCGUUACGCCGAUUGUGAAAAGGUGUUUAAUUCAGUAUAUUAUAACUCGAAUAUAGAAUUUGUUAAACGAAUCGACGUGUCACUCCGGUGGAUUAUGAGUUAAGUAGAUAUAGUUUAUAAUUUACUAAGAAGUUCCUUCAAGAAAAUGAUUUCUUGAAAAUGCCUUUGAUAGGUAUGUAGGUACUUAAAUUUUAAAUCAAUAUUUAUUUAUAGCAUAUGUAUACCAAGCAGGAUCUUUUUAGAUCAUUACGUAAUAUUGUUAAGAAGUAUUCACGUUUUAAGAAUAGUAAAUACAGCUUUAUUAAUUUUAUACAAACAUUGACACACCAAAAGAAAGAACUAGACUCCCAAUUACCUAUUAAAUGGUCGUCAAAGAAUGUAGGAGCGGCGUUGUAUAUACGUAAAAAUUAACUUAUACAAAUAAGAUUAUUAAUUCAAUUUAACACCUUAUUUCGUGGCAGUAAUGUUCAAAGUCUAUGCUCUAUCUAGGUAUAAGCUCAUAAGAAGCUCUGACGCGAACACGAGGCAAGAACAAAACGUCAAGUUAAAUACACAAUAUUGUUAAUUUAAUGGUUCUUACCUGAAAUACGAAUGUGCAUCCUUUUUAUGUUUGGAUAUUUUUUCACUUAACACUGUCAUAGCGAGGCGUGGUAUUCAAAGCGCGGUCAAAACACAACUGAACAAAAACUCUGCCUAAUAGACGCGUAGGCAGAGUUUUGUUUCAAACAAUUUUUGAGUCUAGUUGUUUAUUGUACAUCAAUGUAUACAAGUAAUAUAAAUCUUAUAUUGGAAUAAAACAAAUAAGUUUAUCGACAUGGCAUAACUUAAUACAUAAUAUAUCGACGUAGUUCAGAAUAGAGGUAGCGACAACGUGAAUUAAAGUUGAAAACUUAGUUCCAUAUAGAACCACAGCAUAGUGGAAUGGAAAUUUAUGAUAGAAACAAAAGAUGUUGUUGUUAAGUAUGAAAUAAAUGAAAAACUGUUAUGACCUCACUCUAUAGAUACAAACUAUUACAUACCAAGUAACAUCUUUUUGUGGCGAAUUGAAAGACCAUGGAGAGUGUAUUUUAAAUAAAAUAAGUACGGAAUAAUAGUAUCAUCACAUGAAUUACAACUGACAUCAUCGACAUUGCUAGUAGAAAUUGAUAUCAGUUGGCACUCACAUAGCUAGAAAGGAUUAAUAUAGCCGUGCGUGCGUGUUUCACUACUGUUAAACAGUUGUAUCCUAUGUAGAAACACAUAUGUUGUGUUUUCGCAAUUAAUGUAUUAACUAGUUUCGAUUAACCUGUCCGGGCUUCAAUCUUAUACCUAUGUGGAGACUGCCUGAUUCAGUUUUCAAUAUGACAUGUGUCAAUUUAUUCAAAAGCCCUUGCACAAUGCUAGGGAAUUAAAAAUUGUAGUUGUGAAAGUAUUUUAAAGUCAACCUUUUCGCUUUUCGUCCGUUAAGGUUUGGUUUAGACUAAGGUCCGUGAUACUAUCUGGAAGUGGAGAGAUUAGAAGUUGCGAUGAAAAUAUGUGGCGAGGAAAUUCGUUCUUAGAAAAUUGUCUAACGUAUUCAUUUAAUAAUAAUAAUAAAUCUUACUUUUACGUUUGAGCUAGUAUUUAUAUUUGAUCGAAGUGUCCAGCGUCAUUAGUUAUAAGUAAUUAUGGUCAGCGGAGAGAACAAUCUCAAGGUAUCAUACAAAAUAAGCUACUUAUUCAGUAGCAAAAUAUAACGCGUAACAACUAUAAAGUAAAGAAUAAAAAUGAAGUUACUAUCAACAAAAUUGAUUCGUGACCUACCUUAAUGUCAUAUUCCUACAGUCAUAAUAAACAAGUAGGUCGAAAUUAGCUUGAACAUACAUUUCCUGAGUAUCUGUUAUCAUUUUAUUAGACACUGACAGUAUAACAAUUGUCAUUCAAUCUUUCUUGUGCAAAUAACUUGUUUUUAAACUAAAGGAAAACUAAAAGGAUUAUCAGCAAAAUGGGUCAUGAAUAAAUUUUGUCGAUGGUAGGUACUUACUAUACCUGAUUUUAAAAUUUUGACUUUAUCUUUUAUCUAUACAAAUUUUAUUUUAGUUAAUCUAGUCGGAAACUUUGCAAUUAUUUGACAUUCCAUGUGAUGAAUAAGGAAAGUGGAAAUAUAUUAAUGUUGACACAAUAUUAGAUUCUAACGAUUAUAGUAUGUUGUGAAAUAAAAACGGAUGCAUUUAUUUUUGAAUAUAUCUAAUAUGUUGCAGAUUAUUGUAGUUAUAAUAAUUAUUAUUGUGAUUUAGCCUACUAUAUGUAAACAUAUAAUAUAUAAUUACAUAAUGCUUGAUGG